ACAAAACUACUCAACGCCAACUGAAUCGCCACAAAGAAGGCUAGUUACAGAGGUAGAGAGCAUGAUCAAGAAUCUGAAUUGACCGACCAGGUAACUCCAAUAUUUACAUAGUCCAGGGGGUAAAGUGCAAAGAUACCGAGGAGAAAGACGAAUAUAUUAUCCGAGCUUUUGUCCCGUUAGCGCUUGCUCCAAAGCGCCCGUUACGUGGAUCUUCGAUCCCGUACGGCAACAACCUCUCUUCUCUCUCAAAAAAAAAAAGAAAAAUAAAGAAAAAUAAGAACUUAUACAUAAAAAAAGACCAAAGCGGAGGAGCAAGAAACUAAAUUUAAAUCAAAGAUCCAUCUUUUUCCUACAAUUUCGAAAAAAGAUGCAGGCUUUGAGCGCCCUGACUCUAGCUCGGGUGCUGACGGCGGCGAGAGGCGGCGACGUCGUCGCCGGCGAGGACAUCUCGUUGGGAUCCAUGUGGUGGUGUAUUUACGCAGGGACCUCCUGCUUCUUGGUUCUGUUCGCCGGUAUAAUGUCGGGACUAACCCUAGGCUUGAUGUCGCUGGGCCUCGUCGAGCUCGAGAUCCUCCAGCGAAGUGGGACCCCAACCGAGAAGAAGCAGGCCGCUCACAUCCUUCCUGUAGUUCAAAAGCAACACCAACUUCUGGUGACUUUAUUGUUGUGUAAUGCUGUUGCCAUGGAGGCUCUUCCUAUAUUCCUUGACAAGAUAUUUCAUCCUAUUGUUGCUGUUAUUUUAUCUGUAACAUUUGUUCUGGCUUUUGGGGAGGUUAUUCCACAGGCUAUAUGUACUAGAUAUGGACUGGCUGUGGGUGCUAAUUUUGUUUGGCUUGUUCGUAUUUUGAUGGUUGUUUGCUAUCCAAUAGCCUAUCCUAUUGGGAAGCUUCUAGAUUUUGCUCUGGGACACAAUGAAUCUGCACUUUUUAGACGUGCCCAAUUAAAAGCUUUGGUGUCUAUCCAUGGCAAAGAGGCUGGUAAGGGUGGGGAACUCACCCAUGAUGAGACAACAAUAAUAAGUGGCGCACUAGAUUUGACAGAAAAGACUGCUGAGGAAGCCAUGACACCUAUUGAAUCCACAUUCUCUUUAGAUGUCAAUUCAAAACUGGACUGGGAAGCAAUUGGCAAAAUUCUUGCUCGGGGCCACAGCCGAGUUCCUGUUUAUUCAGGAAAUCCCAGAAACAUUAUUGGCCUUCUGCUGGUAAAAAGUCUUCUCACUGUUCGUGCUGAGACUGAGACACCUGUCAGUGCUGUUUCCAUCAGAAGAAUUCCAAGGGUUCCAGCAGAUAUGCCUUUGUACGAUAUACUCAACGAAUUUCAAAAAGGGAGCAGUCAUAUGGCUGCUGUAGUAAAGGCUAAAAAUGCAGGGGAAAACAUCCCACCUGUGAAUAGGGGAAAAUUUGAAGGCAACAAGGAAGAUAAUGGGGACUCCACAUUGACAACAAAUUUGCUCUGUACAGAACAAAAAAUAUCAGACAGCGUAACUGUUGACAUUGAGAACCAGAAAAUUCAGGUUAAGGGAUAUAAGCCAGCCUCUUUGCUGCGGACAUCCCAUGUAGUUGGCCAUGUAUCAGAGGAUAUUGAAGAUGGUCAGGUCAUUGGUAUUAUCACACUUGAAGAUGUAUUUGAAGAACUCCUUCAAGAAGAAAUAGUGGACGAGACUGAUGAAUACGUUGAUGUCCACAGAAGGAUACGUGUCGUUGCUGCAGCUGCUGCAUCUUCGGUUGCACGCGCCCCAUCUCUUAGGCGAUUGACUGGUUCAAAAUCCAUCGGAAGUCAAGAUAAGCAAGGUGCACAACCUGCCGGGGUACUGAAGAAAGCUACUGAAGGUGAUCUAUAUACACCACGACAUCGUGGAAAUCUCACAGAACCUCUACUAGGAAACAAGAAAUAAAGGGCAAGCGGAAGCGGCAGUUAAAAUCAACACAACUAGUCUCUGAGUCACCAUUUAUAUAUUAUUUUUUUGUAAUUAUAGUGAGAAAUUGGACAUUCCCAAGAGAGAGAGAGAGAGAGAGAGAGAGAGAGAGAGAUUGGAAUUUAUAAGAUUGCAGGGGUGCGUAUUUGAGAUUGGAAUUUAUAAGAUGAAUAUGUGAAGGAACAUUGCUAUUGGCGAAACUAUCCGCUCGAGAAGAUGUGCUACAAAAGAUACAAACAAAAGUACAAUUAGAUGUAAGGGUUUGUAUUCUCCGCAUAAAUACUUUUUAAAGAGUAUUGUUAUUUUCUAAACAAAUAAGCAGUCAUACAGCAUGUCUUUUGUA